AUGGAUUCUGCCCGACCCGUAUGGCCCAUGGUCAAGCUUCCGGAGCCGCUUUGGAAAGGCCUUACCGGAAGAGGUUCAGGAUCAGCAUUAGUGGUUCGUUGGAAUGACCGAGGUGGCUAUACCCACUGGCUUCAAAAGUACGAAGGCACACUCAAGAGACUGGUCGAGCACCAGAACCGCUUUAGCACAGCGGCCAAAUACGUUCGAGAUGCCAUCGGAAAGCUUACGAACUUGAAGAGUAUCAAGAUCAAUCCCCGUCCUAUAGGGGCAUAUUACGAAGAACGAUUCGCCAAACCCAUACUACGGAGUAGAGGUACCAUGUCGCUCUAUCGCGCAGUCGGAGCACACGCCAUCGAAGUGACCACCGAUUUGGCCCCAUCUGGUUCGAAAACUCUAUUGGAGUUUAGCCUCGAUGGCCUUCUCUUCAUGGAGUAUUACGCCGAGGUCAUCAUGCUGGAGAAUCUUUCGAGAAUACUGAGCACGGUUGAUUUGGACAAGCUCACAGUUGACCUGACAAUCACUGCGGCGAAUCUUCCAUCGAACGGCAGGAUUUAUGAUCCUGGUCAUCAAAGCUGGAGAGCCAUAGCUUCGCGGAUACGAAGUCUAACUUUCGAUUGCGCAAUGAGUGAUAUCGAUGUUGAUUCUCUCGAGGAGCUUUAUGGCACCAACACAGCUACCGUCUCGCAUGUCGUUGAAACGCCCAUGGAAGAGGUCCGACGCUUCUUCCUGGGUAAAAGCCAUACCCAGAUAUUGCAGUAUGGCCUUGGUAUGGAGAUACCCGGCGCACCACCACUAGCGGCGCAUACCAUCGUUGUCACCAUGGAUUGCGAAAUGCACGAGAUAGAGCCACGAGUGCUGACAGAAUAUGGGCUCAAUACGUUUUCGCGGAAAGAAAUGGCGCCAGUUCUCAACAGUCCCGGUAUACAUGGGGAAAAGAUCUUGCGGAAUAUCUACUACUAUCACAUUCGUGUACGCGAGAACGCACACCUUAUCAACUGGAGGUUCGUCAAAGGAAACCCCGAAAGAAAUCACUUCGGCUCAACGCGCUUUGCCACGAAGGAAGACGCAAAAGAGUUCCUGGUCGAAACACUCGCGUGGCCUAUUGAUGAUGACAACGAGGAUGGUCCUAAAUGCCCAGUCAUAUUCCUCGGCCACUCAGUCAAGAACGACCUUCGGAUGCUGCAAGAAGAACUUGGUAUCGACCCCAAAUUCGACAGCAACGUUGUCGCUAUCAUCGAUACCCAGAAGAUUGCGAAUGAGCAGGGUAUUCGUGGAAAGGGUCAGAAAAAGGGCCAGCAAAUCGCACUAAAAACUUUGAUCAUAGCCUUAGUCAUAUCUUUAGGCCCGAAAGGGCUUAUAGAGUUUUCCAGUAACGAUGCGGCAUACACCAUCAUCAGUGCCGUACAGAUGGUCUUGAAGAAUUCGCUGCCGACCGACCCAACCCGCUCGCUGCAGGACGUUGUGGACGGUGUCUCUGAGGAUAUGUAUAGUAUUGACACCUCGCUACAUCUCGAAGACCACCGCAUCGACAUGUCACCCUCUCCACCAACCGCGCGAUCGUUCAACCUCUGA